GCCCAACCGCGUACCGCAAAGCAACACGGGAACGCUUUACUUCCGUGGCCGGCGACUCGGAAUUGACAGAACUCCCCUCCUAGUUCCCGUCUGUUCUCCCUUUGGAAGAAUUGCGUCAAUACGAUGCGCCGAUGUUCGCUGCUGUCGCCGUCAGCGGGCGGGAGGAAGAAGGAACGGUCGCGUGGCUGCUGGGGUUCGUUGGUGGCGGUUGUUCUUUGCGCUUGCUGUUUCUUCAGAGGAUCACCAGAAGAAUCAUCUGAAGAAUUAAUGUCUGUCAAAAUGUCAGCUGAAAACUUUGCAUCAGCCAAGGUUACUGCUGCUGAAGAAAACUCAAAAUCCAGCAUUGAUCUGAAAGCAGUGAAAGAAUCAACACUGGAAAAGAUAGAGGGUACUGAAGCUAUGUCAAAAAGACAAAGAAAGAAGCUAAUGAGGCAGAAACAGUGGGAAGAACAGAGAGACUUGCGCAAGAAGAAACGUAAAGAAAAACGCUUGAAGAGAAAACUGGAGCGCCAGUCUCAACUGGAAUCAAGCAAUGAAGGAAGCAUCAGGAAGCAUAUGCAUCGGGAUGUUGUUCCCAGUACCCUUCGUCUUAUUAUAGACUGCAGUUUUGACAGUUUAAUGGAGCUAAAGGAUGUCAAGAAACUUCACAAGCAAAUUCAGAGGUGUUAUGCGGAAAAUCGUAAAGCGCUUCAUCCUGUACAGUUUUACUUGACAAGUCAUGGAGGCCAAUUGAAAGACAACAUGGAUGAAACUGACAAAGGAUGGGUAAAUUGGAAGGAUAUAUACAUUAAAUCAGAGCACUAUAGUGAACUGAUAAAGAAGGAAGACCUUGUGUACCUUACAUCAGAUUCUCCUGACAUCCUGAAUGAACUAGAUGAGUCCAAAGCAUAUGUCAUAGGUGGCUUGGUGGAUCACAAUCAUCACAAGGGCAUCACAUAUAAAAGGGCACAAGAACUUGGAAUAAGUCAUGCGCAACUCCCACUAGGGGUCUUUGUGAAAAUGAACAGCAGGAAGGUUCUGGCAGUGAAUCAUGUGUUUGAGAUAAUACUUGCAUACUUGGAGAAAAGAGUGUGGGAAGAAGCAUUUUUCACUGUUUUGCCACCACGGAAAGGAGCCAAGCCACUGCAUGAAAUAACUGAUGCCUGUGUGUGCAAGCUAAAAGACUCAGAAGAGGUUCAAGAUGAAGUGUCUGAUAGUGACUAACUGCCAGUAGGAAUAUGCAUAAAGUAUCACGGACUCUGAGGAGAGGAAGCUCAAUUGAUUAUACAAGGGCAGCACACUGGGCUUGUGUUGCAGAACUUUUUAUGGGGCAUUGUAUAGCUUGGCAGUUUUACAUUGCCAGAUAUGUAUAUUUACUUUUAAAAAUUGGUUCAUUAGUAGUUGUUAGUAAACUAAAUGACACUUUCUCAGGCUUUUGUUUCCCAAGGAAGCUGAUAUUUAUUUUCCUCAUAAACAUUAUUUGACAUUUGUGA